AUGCCAUCGGACGCCCUGCGAAGGAGCAUGCCGGCAUGGUAUCACCCGGGGACGCAGGAAGGGAGGUGUGUAGCAAACACCGCCGCGAGCAAGUGCUUGCGUGUAAGACACCGAGUGAAGACGAUCGACGACCACCUGCGAUCGGCGAGAAGGCUGCACGAGGCCCUGGCAGGGCACAGGCGGAGCGAUGCAUGCACAUGCGUGGCCUGUCAGAGGGACAGGAGCGAUCUUGGCUGCGCACACCCGCAUCGGUGCGCGAUGACUGCGGAGAGGGCAGUGGCGAAGCUGACCCAGUUAUGGAGACCGGGGGGUGCAAAGAAUGCGGACGGCCUGAGCCUCACGCGGAGAAGAAUGAGACUUAACGAAACGGCAAGAGCUGAGAAAGGAAGAAUCACCUUCGACCCGAGCUUAACCCAGGGGACCCCGCUAGCAUCCGUCUUUCGCGUCUUCACCUCAUCGGAGGCUGCGAGAGGCACCGCGAUGCGUGAGCAAGGGCGUUUCCAGAUGCCGAAUGAGGCGGUCGAAGUCUUCACGGAUGGGUCGUGCCUUAACAAUGGAAUGAGCAACGCGUGCGCAGGAAGUGGCGUCUGGUUUGGGGAGCAUGAUGCUAGAAACGAGGGAGUGAGGGUACCCCACCGAGAACAGUCAAAUCAGGCAGCUGAGAUGUACGCGGUGACUGUCGCACACAUGAAAAUCGCCCCCUUCGCCCCCAUGCAUGUCGUGAGUGAC